GCAUUCAUUUACAAAAUAGUAACCGCAACUUUUCUUGUGUCUCCACCUUGCACGAGUCCUAGAAAAUAAAACUAUGGGGUGUAUCCAUCAGGCUGAGUAAUUGUAUAGAAUGUGAAAUCAACAUCUAGUUGUACAUUAUGACAACUUACGCACGACACAAACAAUGGCUGACGACACUUCUUCUGUUGGUAACAAAUUUACAGAGCAUGAUCCUUGCUUCAUGGUUGAAUAAAGCUCCAGUAUCAACUUUACCAGACGGAAUUGAUCAUGUAGUAGCUGCGUGUCAGGAGGAUAAUUUAUUUCUUCAAUGUCGAAACCGUUAUAACAAACUAUUAAUCAAAGAUGCAUUUUAUGGACGUGAUAAUACUUUUACUUGUAAAAGUAAAAUAGCUGACAAUAACAAGAUCUGUGACGGUCAAACACCUCAACUUGUCGUAGAGAAAGUAAAUUUAAUGUGUACAGGUGAGAACAAAUGUAAAGUACCAGUGACACCAGACUUUCUUGAAAAAAAAGGCGACGAGAUUUGUACAGAUGUUCGCAAAUACUUAAAAGUUAGAUACGCUUGUCAUCAAGAUCCUCAGCUUCACAUGAUUUGUGAAAAUGGGUGUAGUUCAUCAUGUUGGCCUUUAUGCAAGAAAUCAUGUUGUUCGCCAACACCACCACAAUCGCAACCUUCUCUGCCACAACCUCCACCGGAGACUCAGCCACAAUCAAUGGAAUCAGUUGGGAGUUGCAGUGGGACCUGCUCCAACCAAUGUGCCCCUUUGUGUACACCCACGUGUUGCGAAACUAAUACUCCUACAGUAAUGCAGUCUACAACAACAACUACCACAGUCAUGGUGCCUGUAACACAACCAACUUGUCCAGGAGACUGCGCCUCCAGCUGUGCACCAUUAUGUCAACCGUCAUGUUGCAAAAGUAGAAAACCAUCCACUGCAGUCGUCUUUUCUCAACCACCACCUCAAGUACAGUACAACAGACAUCAACCUACUGCGAAAACAUGCCCAUUCGGUUGUGCGAGCCAAUGUGCGCCAAUUUGCGAUCCAGAAUGCUGUUCUAUUCACCAUGCGUAUAUGCAGCCACCACCAGUGCAAUAUUUCCCUCCACCUCCACCACCACCACCACCACCACCUCCGCCACCACCACCACCACCACCUGCGCUUUUACUGCCGGCGUUACCUCAUUGCCCCGCUGGCUGCUCAGCACAAUGUGCACCGUCAUGUCAGCCCACGUGUUGUCAAGCAAUGUCAAGUUACCCUCAGCCACAUAUACAAGCACCACCUCAACUAGCACCAUCUUCGUGCCCUGUUGGGUGCUCCUCACGCUGUGCUCCACUAUGCCAACCGACAUGUUGCAGCAGUUCACCAAUAGCACCACCGCAACCAACAUGUGGUGGCGGAUGUCCGGGCCAAUGUGCACCACUCUGUCAGCCUACAUGUUGUCAAAGUCUUUCUGGGGCUUCCAGGCCAAUGAUGCCGCCUUUAACGCCACUUCGCCCUCAGCCUGCAUAUCCUCCGCCACCACCACCACCAUCAAUGCCGAUGCCGCUUCUACAACAAAGCGACUGUCCCCCUGUUUGUUACACUGCAUGUUUGCCCACUUGCCCACGUAGAUGCUGCGUCACACAUCCUGCAGUUUCUGGAUAUAACUUACCUUACAUGAACAAAGAACUAGUUGCUAGGAAAACAUAUCAACAAUUACUGCAACGUUAUAGAGUGAAACAAGUUCAAAGAUACAUGCAGGGCUAACUGCUUUACACGUAAAACGGCAUCUUGUUUUCUGUGUUUUAUAUUUGGUUUACAUGUGGAUAAAUUAUACAGCAGACACACAGAGUAGAGAUUUUGUAUUUCAUGUUCAUAAACGUUUGGCGUAAUCUUUUUAAACUAAUAUUAUUUUUUAUAACAAUCAGUUAUAAGUGCUCAGAUGUUUAAGUCAAUCUUUGUUUUAUAUAAUAGUUAACUAGAUGAUUACUUUUUCUUGUUUUUAUAAUUUUAAAUGAAUAA